CUUGUACACAUCCCGCAUGCUGUCCCCGCACCACGCCCGCCCGUACAGCACACCGUCCGCACGCCCGCCGAGCGUCAAGACGACAGCGUUCGUCUCCAUCGCAUUGCUGACGUCUGCCUACCUGCUCUACCGCCACGAGUCCGAGUCGGCACCGGGAAAGCAUGCGGUUUCCCCGUCGUCUCUCCUCUCCGGCGGCAAGCCCACUUUCCAGCUCUCGAUCCGGAGCGGCCGGGGCGGCGUGCAGACGUACGAGUUUGAGCGCAAGCCGGACGACCAGGUCGAGCGCGAACUGCGGGCACAUGAAGUCUCGCGGAGAAUCGACCGGAAGGGCAACCCGGUGGUGAGGUGGGAUAACAAUUGGCUAGGAUCGAACGAGCCAUGUGAAGAUCGCUGGGCGACGGAUCUUGUUCGCAGGGAUGGAGCAGCUGGGGGGGCGGUGGGGAAAGCUGUCAAUUUUUGGACGAGGUGGUACAGGGGCGACUCGAUACCCUCCGAGUCGGCGCCUGCAGAAGAGGACGAGGCGGCACGAGGUAAACACGAUUUGAUGCUCUUUUCAAUCAUGGACGGUCAUGCGGGCGAUGCAACCUCUCGCCUACUGCAAAAGUCGCUUCAUCCGACGAUUAGCAUGGCUCUUGCCGGCCUGCAGCGGGGGAAUGUGCCUCCUCGUCAUAACGUGUGGGAGCGGUGGGCGGGCUACCUGAAUCCGUGGUAUUGGCUGGGUACGGACACGGUCUGGACGCCAGAGAACGUCUCCAAGACUAUCCAGAAUGCAUUUGUGCAAUUGGACGACAACAUUUGCCAAACUCCGCUCAAGCUCCUGCCCACCCUCUCAUCCCCAUCGACCUCGUCGCCCACUCCCCGCGAGACGCUGGUAGCCCUCGCUCAACCAGCCGCUGCCGGCGCCUGUGCGAUCAGCACACUGGUUGAUUCGGAAAACGACGAUCUCUACGUAGCAGUGACCGGCGACUGUCGUGCCGUUGCUGGAUGGGAGGGAGAGGAUGGGAAAUGGCGAUGUGAUGUUUUGAGUGAGGAUCAGAUGGGCGAUAACCCUAAAGAGAUUGAGAGGAUGAGAAGCGAGCACCCGGCGUCAGAGAGGGAUACAGUCAUCCGGAAUGGCCGUGUCCAAGGCGGUCUCCAGCCGACUCGCGCCUUUGGUGAUGCCGUUUACAAGUGGACGAAUGCCCAGGCUGCCCAGAUCGCAGACGCUUUCCGGGCACAAGGUGAAAGACCGCGUCCAGGCCGACCUUGGAACUAUACGCCUCCCUAUGUGACUGCCCGGCCUGAAGUGACGUAUCGCAAACUGAAUGCGCACACUGGCGAGAAACUGCGAUUCAUCGUGCUUGCUACCGACGGAUUAUGGGACAGGAUAACGUCUGAAGAAUCCACGCUUCUUCUCGCCUCCUACCUCUCCCACCCUUCCCACGCGCCGCUUCCUAAAUCAGCCCUCCCUAGGCGUUUCCCUCUCGCCCCGCCGCCACCGCGAGAAAAACGUCCAUACCCCGCACAAGACCUCCCUGCGCCGACGGGCGAGGCGGCAAGUGAUACGUGGGUGUACGAAGGCGACGCGAAUGCGGCGACGCAUUUGAUCAGGAACAGUUUGGCGGGAGGCGAUGUCAAGACGAGAGCCGAGUUGGUCAGCCUUGGCGGCAAGGUUUCGAGGUGGAUGCGAGACGAUAUCACCGUGACGGUGGUUUUCUUUGGUGACAGCUAGACAGUGGAAGUAUUCAUAGCAGCAUGGACAUGAUUGUGGUGUAUGCAUGCGUGCGAGGUGUAGAAUAGUUAAAUAAGA